GAUGGCCCCACGUUGCAGUCUUUAGUGCCUGGGCACUUUAGAAACCCUAGCUAGUCGCUUUAGAGAAGAUGAUGCUGAGGCAGAUCGUGUCGCGUGGCCGCGCUGGCGGAGCGUCUAGGGUCCGAUUCUACCAUGAGAAGGUCGUGGAUCACUACAACAAUCCCAGGAAUGUGGGCUCUUUCGAUGCCAGCGACCCCAGUGUUGGCACCGGCCUGGUCGGAGCUCCCGCCUGUGGCGACGUGAUGAAGCUCCAAAUCCGCGUCGGCGACGACGGCAAGAUCGUCGAUUCGUGCUUCAAGACGUUUGGCUGCGGCUCGGCUAUCGCAUCGUCUUCCGUGGCCUCGGAGUGGAUCAAAGGCAAGGGGAUGGACGAGGUGUCGAAGAUCACAAACAAUGACAUCGCCAAGCAUCUGUCGCUGCCGCCAGUGAAGCUCCACUGCAGCAUGCUUGCCGAGGAUGCGAUCAAAGCCGCGAUCAAAGAUUACGACGCGAAGAGGAAGAAGGCGAUGGAGCCGGCGAUCAAGGACUUCCACGAGAGGCAGGCCCAAGUUCCAGUGCGCCCGGGCUCCUCCGUCGCAGGCCCCAAUCCGGAAGACAUGGCCGCAGCAUGAUUGUAAGAUAGAUAGCACCGCCAUCUAAGCCUAGCUUCCCUCGAGUUUCAGACACAUCAUAGGGGGAAUUCCUACGAAUUUAGGCCCUUGGUCAUAGUGACGUGGAUGUACGGAUAACAAAAUGUAAAAUCCCGAAAACUAUCACAGGAAUGUACGGAGAAAGAACUUAAGAUAAGAACCCUAAAGAAUUGAUCGGUCAAAA